UUAAAACCAAAUUGUAAAACAUUGAUAUUUUACGAAAUAAAAAUUGUUUCAACUUUUCUGUUAUCAUCAUACAUUCAAUUCAACAUGGAAUGUAAAUUGUAAACUUUUCCAUCGAAUAAAUGUCCUUUUUUCUGUUAUACCUGAUGAGUGAUUUAUUGUGACAUUUGUAAAUAAAAAAAAAAAAUAAAUAAAUAAUCACCGUUGUCCAUUUAUGAUAAAAUUUGAUAAAAUCAAAUUAAUUUAUCCAUCGCUUUUAAAUUAUCUGAAAAAGGAAGAAAAAAUUAUUACUAACUAACUAACUAGAUUGAUGAUUCAACUUUAUUACUUGAUGAACGAUACCACUAGUUUAUUAACGGCGAAUCUAAUCAUCAUCAGCAUUAAGAAUCGAAAUAACAAAACCAAAAUGUUAAAUAAUCAAGUGUUUUUGUAUUCAACAUUUUCAAUGAUAACACUGUUCAUCUGUUGGUCAUGGACAACAGCAAUCGAACAACAUGAACAAAUUAUUAACAAUAAUCAUAGUGGCAAUAAUAGCAUUAAAUCCAAAGUUAAAAUUGAUGUCUACUAUGAAACACUUUGUCCAGAUUCUAUUCAAUUCCUAUUGCAUCAAUUGGUAACAAAUUAUGAUCGAAUUAAAGAAAAAGUUGAUCUCCAUAUGUAUCCAUUUGGCAAAGCGCAGUUUUUUGAAUCAGGUAAUUCUUACGAGUUUUAUUGUCAACAUGGACCAAAAGAAUGUCGUGGCAAUAUGAUACAUUGCUGUGUUCUUGACCAAAAUAGCCAUGAUAUUUCAUUUCCAUUCAUUAAAUGUAUGGAAAAAGAAUUGUAUGGAUUAAGACGACCAGAUAUAAAUGUCGUUUCACAAAAGUGCGCCAAUUGGACCAAUAUUGAUUGGAAAUAUGUUGAUGAAUGUGCUUCAGGAAACCGCGGCAAACAAUUAUUGGUGGAAGCAGGUCGUAAGACUAAAGCAAUAAAACCGAAAAUAUCAUUCGUUCCGACCAUCAUUUUUAACGAGAAAUAUUCGGAUCGAAUUCAAAACCAGGCUUUAUAUGGUGAUUUUGUUAAAUUGAUUGAAAAUCAUUACAACAAGAAUAAUGAGCAUAAAUCUGAAUAGAAAAAUUUAAUUGUUCAGAACUUUAUGUCUAAAUCAUAUACUGUAAAAGAAUUGGCAGAGAUUUGUAUGGAAAAAUAAAAAUUUUCAUAUCGUUAUAUUCGAUGCAUUUAUACAAAAUAAAUCGGUAUUUUAAAGUAAAGAUAAAAAAUAAAUGUAUGCAGCAAAAA